AUGGCCGCGAAGCCGCCGCAGCAGCAGGUGCAGAAACCACAUCAGCAGAUGGGAGGUAGCGGAGGGGAGAGCCUCGCGGCCCAGAUUGCCGGGAUGUCCAAGAACCAGCUUUACGAGAUCAUGUGUCAAAUGAAGGUAAGAGUAACACGUUUCUGUGAUUCUUCUCUCCCCCUCCCUUUUCUGUCUCCGUCGUCGAGCUAGUUUUCCAGUUUGCCUUUGUAUUUCUGGUUUUUCAUCGGGAGAAUUGGUACUCGGAAGUAGAGGACAAUCCGCUGAACGUCUGAUCUUUUUUUCUCAUUUGAGACAGAAUCUGAUCGAGCAGAAUCCUCAGCAGGCCCGACAGAUUCUCAUCGACAACCCUAAACUCACCAAGGCUCUCUUUCAGGUAAAUCUUUCAACCUAUACCCUUCCCUCCUGCAAACCUUGCGGCACGCGACCUCUUGCUUGCUUCUCUCUAAAGAUGAAAAUCCUUGUUAAAGCUGGGUGUAUUCACUCGCUUUCGCAUAAACAACUGCAUCAACGCCAAGCUCUCAUUCAAAUGUAGAGGAUAUCAGAUACGCAUCCUCAGUCGGGUUUGGUUCGUUCUAUUGUAUUACAGUAUGUUGAGAUCUGUUUUUGAUCUGUCCCAAUCUUUCUGCGUCCGUGGUGGUACCCUAUGCGUUAUGGAUGAUUGUUGUUCUUACAAGAGAGCAAACGUAUAUCCUGCAUCUACGUUUAUCUCAGGUUUUUGGAUGCAGCGAGAUAUUCUGGAAUAAAUGGGAACUAUUUUGAGGCAUUUCGGAAUGGAGGAGCAUUUCUAAGUGUUCUGAUGGAAGUUUGGCUCAAUGGGGUGUGCUCAUUUCUACUUGCAUCCAUUAAAGGAACCGUCGAAUUCACUAGUUUCCAGGAAUCUAGGCUCCUAGUCAGAUACUGAGGCCCAUGGGGCUGAAGCUAGCUAAGAUAGUACUAGUCGCAGAAACUAAGGAUCUUUCAUUAAAACGUUGGAAUGAGGAGUUUCGUUAUGAUUUUGAUGAAAAAUGGCACGUUGACCGCAUGUAAACCAUUAGAAACUUUCCUUUUCCUUACAUCGUUAGUUUAUGCUAAUAGUAGUGGUGUGGAGGGGGAUCGGCAUUCCCUGGUUACCAAUGGAAUGGUAGCUCGAAAAAUUAUGAGGUUAUUGGGUAAGUUGCACAAACUAAUGACAGAUAUGCGAUUAACUUUGGUCUGACGCUUCAAUCCGCAUUUAGUCAAUAAGGCAGACUUUGAAUGUGCUUGGUAGAAAAUUUCGAGUUGAUUUUGUCAGUAGAGAACGGUUCCUUAGUAGGAGAUCAGGGAUAGAUGUAGUUGCCAAUUCAAGGGUGGCUCAGUUUUUAUGGUAUUGCUUUUUGCAGUGUGAUGUCUUCUUCAGGAUUACGUAGUUAAAAAUCACAUGUACAGAGCUAUCCCUCAAAGAUUAGGAAUAUCAUCUAACCAGGAGAUCACAUGAUUAACUAGAAUGGAUUCUAGGGAAGAAAGUAAAAUACUGGUUUUAGAUUAACCAAGAUUCUCCUCAGUCUACUCGCAAAAAGAUCAGCAUCAUUGGAGAUGCUCGAAUUGAGGAAAAAGUUCUUAUUUCAGCUUGCUAAUAUAUCAUCUCCGACGGAGGUGGCAGACACCACAGAGCUUCCUCCCUAAUAUGUCAUUUGACAUUCUUGUUGAGCAUGAUGAUCUUGAGGGCAGGAGGUCACACAAGUGAGGAACAAUGCUUGGAUCUCUUUUUCCCUAUCUAUAGAGGAGUCAGACGAUCAUUUUUUAUUUUUUUUUUGUGUUUGCGUGGAGACUUGUCUGAUGUUAGUGCACAAAAUGGCCAUACAAGAAAAUAUACCAUUUUCUUCUGAAUGUUUUAUACAGGGGAUUAUUUACAUUGAGAAAAAACGUCAGCCAAAGCCCUUUUCUUGAUUCAAGUGAUAACACUGCAAGAACCAUGACAAGUAAUAACAAUGCAAGAAAAAAUGUUAAUGAGUCUUAAUCAACCUACUAUGAUUUGCUUAUUCUAAAAUUUUGAUAAGUUUUAUUUAGAUAUGGUAGAGACUAGCACUGAUAGAUCAUAUCGUCAACUAAUUCCUUCAGAGAAAGGAGAACAAGUGUUGCCUGUUUGUGCUGUAGACUCUUAACUAAUCAGAAGAAAAUCACUAGGAAAACAGGAAGAUAACGAUAACUAGAUAUUAUCUGACCAAGAUGUAAUCCCUAGGAGUCUCUAGUACUCAUUGUGAAGAAGGCAGAUGUAAGUUACUCCUUGGACUUAAUUAGAGAGCCACGAAGGAGAAAUAUAUUUUAAUCUUGUUCGACAAGCCUAAUUUGUGGUUGGAUUAUCUCCAUCUUUGUGUUUUGAGAUGUGAACACUCGGGACCAUUUUUUCUUGUUAUGCCCUUUAGGGUGACAAGUGCACCAUCUAGUUUAAAAUAGCUUAUCGCUGAUACCUUCAAUCCACCAUUAAAAGCUUGUUUUUAGGAAUUUUUGAUUAUAUCCUGGCUUACAGUGGAGAAUUUACUGUUAUUUGAGGCAUUUCAGUUGGCUCUUCGAAAUGUGCUGUCUGAUUAACCACAUAUUUGGCUUCCAAAUACAUGUUUGGGGUUUAUGAUGGAAUAACUGGAUUAUCUAAUUUUUUAGUGAGUUGUUUCAUCAACAGAGCUGGCAAAAAGGUUAGUGUAAUUUUGAGUUGGUUAAUAAUUAUAAUCAAAACCUUGAAAAGAAUCUCAGAUUUGCUAUGCUAGAUAUCAUUGGAAGCUUACAAAGUACUUCUGACUGGUUGCUGAGCGGCUCAACAAAUUCUGGAAUUUGUUUUUGUCCUCUUCGGAUCAUAUAGCUUAAAAGUCAUUGACAUUUUUAGGAAGUUAGUGACCUUUUUUCUUCUUUUCACAAGACCUAGUUAUUGAAUGUGAAUGCCAGCUCACUUGGAAUGAUGUAAUUCUUUCUAGUUCUUUUUUUUUUUCCAGAAAAGACGAAUUUUGAUUCGAUAAGAAGGGAAUAGGGGUUGUUAAGCUUGUAUUGAAUAAAUGGGGAUCAUAUUGUUAAGCAAGAAGUUUAUUAUUACAAGGGACAAUUAGUAACCAAAUAGGUAUAUCGAUCUUAAUCAGAAACCUGAUGCACUGAUUAUUACCCUCAUCAGAGAACAAGCAAUUUCCAUUUUCAAGCUGUAAUGGUUUCCUGAGUAGCAUUUGGCCGAACAAAACGUUCCAACAUUCGUUUAGUAAAUGCAAUGGAUUGCUCUUUCAAGAUGUGUACGCUUUUUAAAAAAGUUGUUCUUUACUAGUAGGGAGCUACUUUUAUAUUCAGAUACUUCCAUUAGUCAAUUGGUUUGAUAUGCUUUCAUCAUCGUACAUGUGGAGGCCAUGUUGGGAAACAUUGCAUUGGAUUCUGUAAGACGCAAUCAGGAUGUCAAAUUUGUAAAAGAAAUGUUUAAGAAAUGACAUAUUAUAAAUAUUGUCCCACUUGACCUCUGUUUCUUGCAGAUCAAUGCAUUGAUUACCUCGAGUAAGGUCCCUUUUAUGAUAAAAGUGCUGAUGGCUGACCCUGUAGAUCUCCAACACCGGAUGGAAAGGUUAUGCAGAUGGUGUGGGGGCGGGACCCAGUAUGCACGUGGUGCAGUAUGGAGCACUCAUAAUGGACAAUCACUUGGAGCACAUGAAGGUUACAUAUCAGGGGCAUAGGAUAUGGACGAUAAACUGCUUGGCGCCCACAUGCCAUGGGUUUAUAGGCAUGGAAUGUAGAGAUUGCACACCAUCGCGCUCAUGCUGCAGAGCAAUUUAUGUAAAAGGGGAGGCUGGGGUUGGGAUGGGUAUUCUGAUUACUCCAGUUUUCCAAAGCUAGUGUUCUUUUCUAUAGCUAGAGGAAAGACAUUUCUAUCAGUGAAAUCCUUCAUUAUUUAUUAGGUGGAAGUACAUUGCUCGGCUAUAGCACAGUGCACUAGGGCUGUCUUAAUGGAAGUACUACGAUAGGUUUCUCAUGAAACUUGGGCUGAAUGAUUGUAUGAGGGGAUGGUAGACUAUUUAUAUCCUGCCUUGGUUACUUCCAUCUGCUCAAUAUACUUUUGAGAGAUGUGCUGUUGCUGGGCUUCAAAUUUUUUUUGAAGAAUUGCCAGACUGAAAUUUAAUGCGCAUCUUACCUAGUUUAGUCAUCCAAUGAAUUUAAUGUGGUGUACCACUGUAUUAGAUGGCAGUCAUAUUUUAUUUAUGGCUAUGAACCACCCAAAAUUACACUUUCAAACUCAAAUCUCUGUGACUUUUGUAAAGAUGACAUCUUAGUUUUUGCCCUGAGAUGUUAUUGGCUAAAUUCUGUAUCAUAGAAAUUAAGUUGUGUGAACUUUUUACCAAAAAAUCAUUGACUUACGUUCUCCAUUAGUGAUGCAAGUUUUAACUCAUGAAUCUCAUUUACAACGUGCUAUUGAAUCUUCAGGCACAAAUCAUGCUAGGAAUGGUUCAACCUCCUAAAGUGGUACCUUCUACACCAACUUGAGCUUAAUGAGUUGAAUUUUCUGAGCUUUGAAGAAACUAAACUUUCUGGUACCUGUGACAGAUGCCCAGCAUUCAACAGGCUUCAUCCCAACAUUCUCAACAGUCAUCACAGCUCGGACAACCAAAUAUCCAAGCUCCACAGUCAUUAACCGUUCAGGCUGGAAGUCAGAGUGAAUAUGUUUCUCAGGCUCAGAUUCCAGUUAGACAGCAGCCGCAGAUCCAACCGUCCAUUAGUCUGCCAUCUGUUUCAGUUCCUCCGUUGGCUUUUCAGUCACAGUCCAUGGCACCUGUGCAAGCUAAAGGAACAUUGAAUGCUCACGUGUCCCCUGCCAUACCUUCUCAUCAUAACUUGCCUCCUCCCCCUCCUAUUCCACAGCAUUCAAUUCUUCAGAGUCAUAUACCUAUGGUCUCUAGCCAGUCACAACAAUCUUUGCAAACCUCUGGAAUUUUGCUUCAACCUCUACAGUCGCCUAUGCCCCAACAACAGAGGCCACCUUCCAUUCCGUCUUUUCCACAAUCCCUGCACCCACAAAUGCCUCCUGGCCUUGGUUUCCAGCUUGCAAGCGCGCAACAGCAUGUUCUGCCACAGUCUAUGUUCCAUGUGAGCCGCCGGCAUAAAUUUUUAGGCUUAUCGCAGGAUUUGUAACACACUUGUUAUAUGGCUGAACGUGAAUUGACAGUUGACUUCAUCGUUUUCAGCCGGGUGUAACGGGUUCCUUUCCACUUGGGCAGCCUGCACUGCCUAAUCAACCUUCGCAUCAGCAGCUUUAUCAGGUUUGCUAUAUCUGCAUCUAAACAAUUUAUUGGUGGAUCAAAUAUGCUUAUUUGCUUCAAAGUAUUAUAAAGUGAUUUCUCUUGAUUGAAUCAUCUAAGUUUUUCAAAAUCAAGUUUACCAAGCAAGCUUAUUCAAGUCAUUCCUUCUGUAUCAGCUGUACACGUCAGUCCAGUUAACCCUGCAAUGAUGAAACCACGUUAACCACUUACUUUAUAUACACUGGGAAGAGAAUCAGGAUGGGUUUGUGUAGUUUUGGCUGGUUAACAUAGGGCACUUGGAUCAGGCGCUUGAUCCAAAAACUUGAAAAUCGAGUCGAAUUAAAUGAACUUGGUCUUAUUCAUGUUUCUCACACGACCACUGUCAUUUGAGGAAGAAGAAGAUGAUGAGAGUGGGUGAGUAGUUCUUAUUGACUCUCUGCUUCAGGCUACCUUUUCUUUUUCGUUUGAUGGCAACAGUGUAAGCUGGUGCUGCAAAAUGUGGAAACCGACAAUGAGGAAGUGCUUGGGUUGGGUUGAUCUUGGGGCCAUAUUUUGUGGCAAUAGUGAAUUGUUUCUUUAUGGAUGUUCUUGGUCAUCUAGUAGUGUGUUUGGCCAACAUAACGACUUACACCAAUGGUUUGCAGGACCAGAUGAUACCGCGUCAUCUAAUUGCGCCUGGCAUCUGUAGCGGUCAACCCAAAAAUCGGGUGGAAUGACUGGAAUCAAUGAGAAUGGUGGUUGAUUUAGUUAGAAUUAUUCAACCGUGGCGAAUUGUCAUAUUCCCAAGUCUUCACUUGAUAUCUGGUCAAUAAAAAUUAAUUCAUUCAAUCCUGAAUCAGGCUCUUGGUUCCAGCCCUCGGAUUGUUUGAAGUAUGAACACUUAAUUUCGUAAUCUUUUUCCCGCACCUUCACCCUUGAUUGCUCUUCUUACAUUGGCUCUAUAGUUUCCAUUUCUAUCAACUCCAUCCGUUGGCUACUAACUUAGGGCAUACCAAGGAUAAUAUGAGAAGUACCCACCCCCCCUCUCUUGCUCUCCAAAAAUCAGACUGUGGCAGACCCUUGGGGAUUCUUGGACAUUUAACGAUCGAUUUGGACUAUUUGUGAUGCUCACGAUUACAAUUCAUCCAAUCUUUUUUCCGAAUGGAACCCUAGAUUUACAAGAAACCAGACAGCUGCAUUCGGGAAGUAGACAGAGAAAAAGCUAGCUGUUUUCUCAGAGGGCGGGGGCGGGGGGCGGGACCCUCCCGGUAGAAAUCCACCAUCAAAGUCUUGAUUCUCAUGGAAAACUCUUCUCAUGUGUCCGAGCGACCAUCGGAGAGGGACGGAUAGGAAUCCUUGUUGAGUCGCUCUUGUAUGGGAACUCACCCAUCUUUGGAGGAUCCCCCUCAAGAACAUAAUGAUUUCCAGAAACUAUGGCAAUGGUUAUAGGAACAUAUUCUUUGGGACAUAUCUUCUUCUAGUGACUGCCCGUCCUCUUAAUGCUGUAUUUGCUUUUUUAUCCCAGGGGGCAUCAGUCAUGGCGUCGGAAUUCAGCGGCCAAGUUGGGUCGUCCGGCCAAGUAGAGAGAGCCCCAUCAUGGGCGACCACUGAAAGGGGAGCUGGCGGAAGCCUGCUGCCCGGGCCGCCGCCGCCACCGACGAUGGGCGGCCAGCCUCUCCGGCCUCCACAGGUAACCAGCCCCGUCUCUGAGAAAGAGCUCUGGUUUUAUGGGCUCUGAUUGUAUGGGGUCUUUUGUUGAUGAUUCUCUCUCUCUCUCUCUCUCUCUUUCUCUCUCUGGUGGCUACGCCAUGUUUCAGCUGACAGCGGAGAUGGAGCAGGCGCUGCUGCAGCAGGUCAUGAGCCUUACGCCGGAGCAGAUCAGCCAGCUUCCCCCUGAACACCGGAAACAUGUCCUUCAGAUCCAGCAGAUGUACCGGAGAUAG